GCCGCGUUGGAUUGUGGAUCGGCAACCGGUCCGCAAAUUCGACCGCUAGAGGCAUGGACGCAGAACCUAAGUCGAGGCGCCACGCUCUCGGAUACCUUCGGGGGGCUACGGAUGCACGCAGCAGGGCGGGUAGUGUUCUGCCUGACGUAUUUGCUGGGCGCCUACAGUUUAAGUAUGUUGGUGGGCCGCUAGCUUCCUUGCCGUGGGGUCGGUCGUUGUUGCAUCGUGUAGACGUAGAGAGUCUGCCGCCUAGAGUGAAGGGCGAGGGACUUGAGUAGACUCAGACAAUGAGGACGGAACAGAUUCAGCUGCGGCGUCGUCUGUUCAUUGUUCUCCUUAUUCAGGUCUCUGGUGGGCAGCGAUGGGGCUUUAUUUAGUUAGCUAACUGCGGGGGCCUUUCUUUGUUUAGGUCUGAGAUCGAUGGCGCCCCCGCAGCCACUGCGGAGGGGCUUGGGUCGAGGUCGUUGUCUCAGGGUGUUGCUCCUUGGGUGUGCUUGAUAUCAAUGAGAACCAAGCGACUGCCCAUGGUGCUGUCUCUGAGCUGGCUCAAGAUCUUGCGCGCCGUUGGUAGGUCGCUCUGGUCUGAUCUCUUCCAGAAUGUAUCGCAUCUGUUUAAUGAUCUUACUUAGGGUCUAGGUGUCGCUUUUUUAUGGAAAUGCACGGAAUUCCACAGCGAAACGCGUCGAAUUCCGUGCGAUGCAAAUGCAUGGUGAAAGAACGGCCACGCGUUCCCCGAUCGAUGGUGAGGGGAUCCCCUCGUGGCUACGGGCCGCUCUUGGUGACGUGCCUGAGCUCGUGGGCUUUUAUGUUCAACCCCUUCCAGGGUUUAUAUACCGUGGGCGGUGGUUCCUGAGGAUGCCCCUACUGAAACGCACAGCAUUGGCGCCGCGUUCGUUAAUGUUCUUCCCCCAUUGCUGGAGACAGCGGCGCGCCCCUUGGCAUACAGCGCCUUACUUUAGCGACCACGCAUUUUUAGCGAUCACCUUUAGCGCUCAACCUUGGCGUUAUUUCGUGCCUAGUCGUUAUGUUUUUGGGUUGUGUGCCUUUUUUUGGAGACGACCAGCGGGGCGAUGGCGAAGCAGGU